AUGGCCAAGGUGAACCUCAAAUCAUUUCAGCAAGUGCUGCAGAAUCCAAUCCAGCUUGAGGACCGGGCCUGGAUAUUCGAAGUUCCUAAUUUGCCUUCACCGUCGAAGACUAAUCACGACAAUUUGAUAAAAUCCAUCUCUCUGGUCUCGAACAGUACCAAAAAUGAGAUUACGCUAAAACUACAGCAACACUCACCAAACCGCGCGAUAAUAGGCCGUCUAGACCAGUUUAUCAGCAUCUCCUUUGCUGAUUUCAAGCUACGAGUACCUAUACCUACUACCGAUCCAACAGAGGAGCAAAGAAGCAAGCCAGCGACAGCUCGAGAAUCAUCUGACUACAUUGUCAGGCUUCUCAGAUCUGGUAUACAGCUGAACAAUAUUCACUACAAUUUCUACGGUCACAGUAACAGUCAAUUGAAGUCGCGAACAUGCUUUCUCUAUGCUGCGCCGCCACCGGAAAUCUCAAAGUUAGUCGAGAGCUUAGGUGAUUUUACGAAGAUGAAAACGGUAGCUAAAAAGUCUAAACGGAUUGGUCUCUUGUUCUCGGUUGCUAAAGCCGCUAUGACUCUAAACCCAUCUCGUUGUCAAGAUAUCCCGGAUAUUGAGGCCCAGGAUUAUGUUUUCACUGAUGGCUGUGGAUUGAUUUCGAAACACCUUGCUCGAGAGCUCUCAAGGGUUUUGAGAGUUGCGUUUAGAAAUACCAGAUACACACCGUCGGUGUUCCAGAUUCGAUAUCGUGGUUACAAAGGCGUGCUCAUGUUAGAUCCGGGCAUGGAAAAACAGACGUGGGUGAAAUUUAGGAAGUCGAUGAAGAAAUUUCAUGGGGGCGAUGAUCAUUCUUUUUCGGUUGUUGAGUAUUCAAAGCCCUACGGGUUCGGUAAUCUAAAUGAUGAAGUAGUACUCUUGCUUCACUCACUUGGAAUUCCAGAAUCCACUCUUCUCCAAAAGCAAGCGGAGCAUCUUAAAUUCCUCUCAGACGCCACGAAAGACUCAAGAUCAGCAUUUCGCUUUCUUACAUACACAAACAAGCCCGAGCUUGCAGAAAAAGUCCUGAUCGAUGGCUUCGAAACCGUCCAACCCACUCUAACCAAGCUCGUGAACUCCGAAUACGACCGUAUGAUCAACAAGCGAGACGAACAGAGAUGUCGGAUCUUAAUCCCUAAGUCGAGAUUGCUCUUCGGCAUCUGUGAUGCAUGGGGUGUGCUUAAGGAAGGAGAAUGCGCGGUGAAAGUUACGAUGGAUGGAGAUGGUCAGCCGUAUACGCUGAAAGGUAUGGAUGUUUUGGUCACGAGAAAUCCGUGUUUGCAUCCGGGGGACUUGCAGAAGUUUAAGGCUGUGGAACGAGACGAACUUGCGCAUCUUGUUGAUUGCAUCGUGUUUCCCACACGUGGAGCGAGACCGGCUGCUGAUUUGAUGUCGGGAGGCGAUUUGGAUGGAGAUACAUUCUUCGUCUGUUGGGACAGCGACCUCAUCCCAGAAAAAGUCUCCGAGGCAGCUCAAUACCCAGGUGGAAAAGAAGCUGUCAGCUUUAAACCUAUCACCGAUGAUGAUCGUCUUGUCUACUUUGCAAAAUACACGAACGCGUCACUGGGAAGAGUAAAGAAUCUUUACCUAGACUGGGCGAGAUCCAAGGGUCCAAUGUCUCCGGAGUGUCAACAAUUGAAUCGUCUCUUUUCCAUGUGCGUCGAUGGAAAUCGAAUCAAAGUACCGAGCGAGCUUGAGAGCCCUCCUCAGCCCUCUCCUCUAGAUCCACCGUUCAUUCUUGGCAUCCUGCACAACGAGGCAAAAGAUAUCAUCCAAGCCCGUCAGAGAAGCACUUUCGACUAUGACGGCUUUACUUUCGAUGCGAUGGAGCUUCUGAUGGCACGGGAAAACAUGGCUAUUUCAGAAUUUGAGCUCAUCAAAUUAACAUACAAAUGGUGUCGAAAGAACAAGACUGAUCUUACAGAAUUCCUGCACUUAUUCGACCUCAACCUUCUAACCGCCGAAGAAAAAGCAUGGACUCUAAAUCAAAUCCCUCCCAGCUUCGAAGCUUCGAGCAUGAUCUCCAACGCGCUCUGCCAAUCCAACCUCCUAUCAAGCAGAGAACUCGCGCCCUUUAAGCUCAACUACCCAGGCUUAAAAUGGAAGUGUAUCUACGACUCAACUCGAGACAGGUUAGCCACAUUCCUCGACGUAGCGGCCAGAUCUCUCGAACUCUUCCACCGGAAACUUAUUGUGAUCCAAGUAGAUGAGCGGUUGACCCUAGCAAUAUACGUGCCUCAAAAGGUUGAACGAGCCGAGGAGUGUCAAGUGGAUAACCGCGUCCGACUAUUUGCCUUUCCACAUUCGAAAGGCGACGAGACAGCAUACCGUCUGGCUGUUCCUACGAAGAAAAACUAUCGUCUUUAUUGUGACAGCAAUAUGUUUCAGCUGUUUGACCUGAAAAAGGCUAAUACGUGGGUCUUUAUUAAUAAAGGCGCGUCGGAUGAUAGUAGUUAUCGGAACCAAGAGACUGCUCGGGGUUGGAGGAAAGGACGACAGGCGACUCUUGAUAGUGGACGGAAUUUUGAUUGCAGAGCCAGUAUUGCGCUGGAUAAGUUUAGUCGACGGUUGCAAACGCAUAUUGGGAGGGUCAAUCGAAAUGGUGUUCUCGGAGCAGAGAUAUAUGUCAUCAGCAACAAAGAUGUGAAAUCGAUGUUGAAUCUCGAUUUAUGGUUAGAAUAUGUCGAUACCGAUCAGGUCAUGCCUCUUUUUGAAAAGAAUGCGAAGGAAUACAGUGUCCCGAAGCUGAAAGAUGUUGACUGGGACGAGGAACCUGAAUACAUCAAGCAAAUCGUCAAAUUGAAGAAUUAUGCUACGUUUGAUUCUAUGGACUCGGGAGACUCGCACACCGAGAUCUUUGGCUGGCUGUUUGAAAAAUCAGAGACUGGAAUGCUUUUCGAUAUCUUUAGAUAUUUUAUGUCAAGCUUUACGAACGAGGAGUGCACAGCUAUCUCGAUGAUCCGGCUGCGGUCGAUGGUCACAUUUUUGGAACGAGCCCCUUUCUUGUCCGCGGCCUUUUCUCGCUUAGAAUCAUGGGCCAAACUCCCCUCGGAACUUCAUCACCUCCUACAAGAAUCCUCAUCCACCAUCCUCAAAGCUCCUAUUCUCUCUGCAAAUACCGUGGGCGAACUCGUCUUACAGCCAUUCAAAAAGGCUCUGGCACAAAUCGACUCCAUGUCUUUUGACAACUUCUCAGACUUGAUGGAGCUCAUGACACUGUGUGUUCGCUCUCCCGACCUAGCUUUGGACUUGAUUCUCGAAUGUCUCGAACCAGAAACAUCAAGACUUCUGCCGGGAAAUGCGGUUUCGGUCCAACGGUUUGCGCGGAAUCUGUUCGGAAUCGCCUUGGAUCACAUUGAUGAGGCAGACGAAUCACACAAACCAGAAUCAAUGCUCUUAGAUUUGAGAUUCUGUGAAGCGACGGAUACGUUCCCUGUCGUCGAGACACGAAUCAGAAUCGAUGCACCGAGUGGCAUGUUUAGCGCUUCCGACCAUGUUCGUUUAACAGUAGCCAACCCGCCUAGUAACAAUGUCACCGCGGUACCCUAUUCUAUGGAUGCACUUGUCAAAUCAAGUCAACCAGGCUCUGCAUCAUUUACUUGCUUUCAUCCCCUGCCCCCGUUUCUUGAAGAAUGUUCUUGGGAGGUCAAAAAGUGCGGAUCUUUCGUUACGUCCAAGACGAUGAUUGAUGCUGUCCGCAAUUUCUACUCCCAGAAUGACAAUUGCUGUCCUAUUGCGGACGAGAUCCUCGGAAUCAAGACCUUGAGCCCUUCAGCUGGCGAGAUAUCAGCUUAUAAGAAAAUUGCAAGAUUGAACGACAGUCAAAACCAGGCUGUUCAAACCGCUCUUGAGUAUCCUCUAGUAUGCCUAUGGGGUCCUCCAGGCACAGGCAAAACGCACACAAUCGUCGAGAUCAUCAGACAGCUCCAAGCGUCAGGCAAUCGAAGAAUCUUGGUUACUGCACCGACUCAUAACGCAGUCGACAAUGUAAUGAGGAAGUACUUAGAAGAGGCAGCAAAAUCGAGCCUGCUUGGUGCUGAAACCCCACGACCACUUCGAGUAUCAACAGAUGUUCGCAAAGUCGCCCCAGAUCUCAUCCAACACACCUGCGACGCCAUGAUGGGAAAGGAACUCUACACCAGCUACUCCGCGCUCAACAAAGCCCGCGAUCAGAUAAAACGCUGCAACCUAAUCUUCACAACAUGCAUCGGCUCCGGUUUAGGCCUCCUCCGCUCCGAAACCUUCGACACAGUCAUCGUCGACGAAGCGUCCCAACAGACUGAACCCGCCUCGCUCGUCCCGCUCGUCAAAGGGUGCAGAAAAGCGAUUCUGGUAGGCGAUCACGUCCAGCUUGGGGCUACAGUACAAAAACAUGCUGUCUUGCAAGGCUUUGAUGUUUCGCUGUUUGAAAGGUUGUAUAAAGACGCCCAGGAGGGGUCGGUGGCGAAGGUGAUGUUGGACACGCAAUACCGCAUGCACUCCUCCAUCUGCGCGUUCAGCUCUCGAGAGUUCUACGAUGGGAAACUUAAGACUGGAAUUCCAAACACCAGUCGACCGCUCCCACCGUCUGCAUUUCCCUGGCCAGCGGGCGAGAAAAGAAUGCUCUUCGUGGAAUGCGCGACGCCUGAAGAACUAGGCGGGAAAUCCAAGCGGAACAAAGGCCAGACUGAAUUAUGCCACAAAAUCUGCACGCUUCUCAACACUAUCCCCCCAUCCUCAUCUUCAGCCCCUAUAUCACCUUCAAUAGCCCUCCUAACGCCAUACACCGCCCAAGUCCUCGCCCUCAAAUCUCUCGCUUCACUCUUCCCAAACGUUGAAGUCUUCUCCAUCGAUGGAUUUCAAGGUCGAGAAGCAGAUAUCGUGAUUUUCGUCACCGUACGCUGUAAUGUGCAUGGUGAGAUUGGGUUUCUCAAGGACCUGAGACGGUUGAAUGUUGUGCUCACGAGAGCGAAAAGGGGGGUUAUUGUCAUUGGGAACCGAGCUACUUUAGGUGGAGGGGUGGUAGAGGAGGAGAGUACACAAAUUUGGAGGAAGUUGUUGAAUGAGAUGCAGAGAGUUGAGAUCGAGGUUGAAGGAGGGGAGAAAUUAAAUGCGUAG